AUGGACAUUCGUCCACCUCAUCCUCGUGACUACUCUGGUUCAUCGCGUAUCAUAGAGAACACAAUAAUCACACUUUCUGACUGGUUCGAGUACCACGAUCCUACGCCCAAGUUAAACAAAAUUUUCGGCCCCAUCACAUCCAACUCCACCCUCAUCAAUGGUCUGGGGCACUAUCCUGGUGGACCCAAAUCACCUCUUUCUGUCUUCAAUGUCGAAAAGGGCAAGCGUUGCCGGUUCCGCAUCAUCGGUCUUUCUUGUGAUCCAGCAUAUAAAUUCAGUAUCGAUGGCCAUACCAUGACGAUUAUUGAAGCAGACGAUAUUGAAACUGUCCCUGAGACUGUGGAUUCUCUUCCAGUGCUCGCUGGCCAACACUACUCUGUUGUCGUCUGCGCGAACCAGCCUGUGGAUAAUUACUGGAUUCGCGCACCUAACAACUUUGCAAAUCAAAUGUUUGCAGGUGGCUUGAGUCAAGCCAUCCUCAGGUACAAUGGUGUGCCAGAUGAAGAUCCUACGAGCACUCUUGGACCUUACAUCUUGCCAUUCAACGAAGGGAAGCUUGCUUCUUUGCUCAGCAUCCCUGUCCCCGGUUUCCCCGAGAUUGGCAAAGCAGACGUCCACAUCAACUUACUUGCCACCACUGUGGAUGGUAUCUUCAGGGUCAACAAUGUUACGUACCACAACCCUCUGACGCCAGUUCUGUUGCAAAUGCUCAGUGGAGCGCAGCAUCCAUCAGAUUUAUUGCCGAGCGGAAGCGUAUACGAGCUUCCCUCAAAUAAAGUAGUGGAACUCACCUUGCCCUACACAGGUUCACUUUUUGGAGGUACAGUAAGUGCAUUGUGGGCCAACUGGCCAUCAAACCCUACUCCAUCAUCCUGUUCCUCAGCAGCAAGUGCAAACAGAAGAACUUCGUAA